CGUGCCAAGAUGGAGAAGGAACCUGACGUCGGGGAAAGUCUUCUCGAGAAGGUACCCGGGUGCCCGUAGGUAUCUCCUUGCUCCACAUGCAAACAUCCGCAAGAGUUUGCUUGAAAGACCCUAUAUAAGCAAGCAUCUGGUGGAUUUGUAAGCAUGGAUCGCUGCUUUCCAUCUCGUUGACGUAAAUAUAAAACUUGAGCGCUCGGGAUCAUUCGUAUGCGCAAGAAAGAAGGCCAUCUAUUUACAGGGUCUGAGAACCAUCUCUCGAGCUGGGCGACCUGAGCGACGCGGUCACAGUCUUUUUCUAAAACUAGCGGGUUUUCGAAUUCCAGACUUACAGCGACAGCAUGGAGAGAACACAUAUGACGUCGACUCUGGCCGUGUUUCUCAGCGCGCUCUGCAUCCUUUCCUCAAGAUGCUGUACCCCGGCGAGCGCCAUGACGAUGAAGGAGGUCAACUUCACGUACUACUUGCACGACAACUUCGUGCCGCCAGACGUUACCGCUGUAGCAGUGGCCGGCGCCAACGCCAGUAUCAUGGGCCCAUCUCAUCUCGGGGAUACCAUCGCCUUCGACAGCGUGCUCAGGGAGACAGCUUCUAGUGCUUCAGCUCAAAUCGGGCACUUCUCGGGCUUAUCAGUGUCGCUCAGCAAUCCGCAAGAGAAGUUCAUUUUAUUCGUGCUGAAUAUUACACUCCACGGCUACUCCGGAACCAUCUCAGGCUCUGCCAGGUUCAACAUCACCGCCCCUACUUGGGAGGAGGCCGUCAGCUCUGGCACGGGUUCCUUCAGAGGAGUGGCAGGCCACUUGAUAGUCAGCGCAGUCUCUUUCCGAAAUGGUAUUUCCGUUCUCAAGUACGACGCCAAUCUGAUACUUCCAGAUCACUCUCACUGAUCUCAUCAUUCGCAAGGCUUUCGAGCGGAUUGCAGUCGAAGUGCUGUCUAGUUGAGCCGAGAGCUGGCGGCUGACAUCCUUGACGUGUAAGUUUGCAUGAAGAAAUGAUUUCCACAAUAAUGCCACUCGGUAGUUCUCAGAGAUCAGAUUCAUUCUUCUAUUACACCCCUUCAUCAGGAUUUGUUUCAUUUUGUUGUGUGCCCAUGCAACAUACAGUCGUAGUGAGAGUUCUGCCUUCUUACUCAGUCACUUGGAUGGCCCACGUGCAUGCUCACCCAUAGAGUCCUUCACACCGCAAUGCCAUCUCUCCACUUCAUGAUGACAAGAAAUGUAAACCCGGAUCGAGCGAAUGGUAUUCAUGUCGGUAAAUGUAUUUGUUCCAGACAGACAAGCAGCUUGUUCCGUAUAUAGCCUACUUUCCGUUUCGCUGUAACUUUGAAUAGAAAAAGAAGUAACGAGACUAUUGGACUCCAAAAUCCUUUUAGAUCAAAUUUGUAUGUGAUACGUGCU